GCCAAAGGGUUUAUAAACGCUCUGCUUUGACGGCAAAGGAACACAAAGCUUCAUAAAGCUUCACAAAGCUUCACAAGCCCCCUUUGUUGACCUUUGGACCGGAGGAUGCUGCAGUGUGUGUGUGUGUGUGUGUUGCUGCUGGCGGCCUCGGCCCUGAGCCGGCUGGACGAAGCCUCUCUGGACGCCCAGUGGGGGGAGUGGAAGAUCGCCCACCGGAGAGAGUAUAACGGCCUGGACGAGGAGGGGAUCCGCCGGGCCGUCUGGGAGAAGAACGCUCGUAUGAUCGAAGCCCACAAUCAGGAGGCGGCGCUGGGCCUCCACUCCUACGAGCUGGGGAUGAACCACCUGGGGGACAUGACGUCCGAGGAAGUGAUGGAGAAGAUGAGCGGCCUGCAGGUCCCGAUGAACAGCGAGCGAGGCGUGGCCGAGGCUCUGGACCUCGGGACGCCCAAACUCCCCAAAUCCAUCGACUACCGCAAGAAGGGCAUGGUGACGCCGGUGAAGAACCAGGGUUCCUGUGGCUCCUGUUGGGCCUUCAGCUCGGUCGGGGCCCUCGAGGGCCAGUUGGCCAAGAUGACGGGCAAGCUGCUGGACCUCAGCCCCCAGAACCUGGUGGACUGCGUGACGGAGAACAACGGCUGCGGAGGAGGAUAUAUGACCAAUGCCUUCAAGUACGUGCAGGAAAACGAAGGCAUCGACUCGGAGGACGUCUACCCGUACGUCGGAGAGGACCAGCCGUGCCGCUACAACUCAUCGGGCUCGAUGGCCGAGGUCAAAGGCUUCAAGGAGGUCCCGGUGGGCGACGAGCGGGCGCUCGCCGCCGCCGUGUACAAAGUGGGCCCGGUCUCCGUGGGCAUCGACGCCGCGCUCGGCACCUUCCAGUUCUACCAGAAAGGUAUUUACUACGACCGGAACUGCAACCAAGACGAUGUCAACCACGCCGUGCUGGCGGUCGGCUUCGGAGUGAACACCAAGGGAAGGAAAUACUGGAUCGUGAAGAACAGCUGGGGCGAGACCUGGGGCAAGCAGGGCUACAUCCUGAUGGCUCGUAACCGCCGCAACCUCUGUGGCAUUGCCAAUCUCGCCAGCUACCCCAUCAUGUGAUGAGGAUGGAGGGGGGGAGACAAUAAAAUGCACUUGAAAAUGUUCCAAACCCACGAAUGUAUUAUCCAUAAAAAAUACUUCCAAUUUUUAUUUUUUUUGCAAGUGGUCACUGAAAACAAAAUUAUGAAAAAUGAUGUCUGUGAAACUGUUGACGUGUCAAUUAUAAUUACUCGUACCACGUACGGUUUGCCAGGUCUCAUUUGAUCGUGGGGCCAGAUGCAUGCUGGGAUCAACAUUGUGUGAAGUCUUCCAAAGUCUCUGAAAGUUUCCGAGGAGGACGUUUCCAUUUGUCUCGAGAUAUCUGAAGCACUUUGAACCCCUAAAGACUCUCAGUUGCAUCUCCAUAAACAGAUGCAGUACCUCCAGGGGCCACAUGGGGGUUGGUUGGGUGCCAAAAGCACCAAGUUAAAAUGUAGCUCUAGCUUUAAUUACAGUUUGAGAAGUUUAAAUCCACUGUGACAGGAAAAAUUGCUGGACAAUGGGAGCUCCUCCUUUCCUUCCGACCAGAGUCGGAUCCUUUUUUCUUUUUAAAUCCUACGUUUUAUUCUUCUUCUCUUGAACGUGUCGACUGUUUUCUAUGAAUAAAAAGUUUCAUUUUGAAGCAAAAAUGCA